CAUGGCAACGCUGCUGUGAGUUUGAUGGGGAGCAGGAUUGGUCAACAGCAGCUGACCGCGCCCUCAACCCAUAUAAGCUACCUACCAAACUAUUAGGCUACCAUCAAGUGUCGGGGGAAUGACGGCUCUGCUGCUGCUGCUGAUGCUGAUGCUGAUGCUGCCCUCGGUGCGGCGGAGGAGAGAAAGCAUCUUUGUCUGUGCAGCGAAGCUCGGGGCUUCCCUGCCUGCCUGCCUCCAUCGACACAUCUAAAGAUAAGAUCCUUUCUGAAGACAGAGGUCGAAUAUUCAUCUGCCGCAUUCAUCUCUGCUCAAUUUAGGAUUUUUCUUCUCCCCUCCCUCCCCUCUUCCUCUCUCUUCCCCCUCUUCUCUCUCCUCUCUCGCUCUCUCUUUUGUGCUUGCUGUUUGCCUGGCUGGAAUAAUCAAACCCUCCCUUGUAUCCAUGUGUCGGAUCGCUGGAUGAUGCUCAGGAUGUUGCUGAGGAGAAUGGAGGCUGUACCUAGGCUGCAUGCCUAGCGAACCCAUGGAGAACUGACAGGAACAGUGCUGGAUGGAGGCCAAGACACUGGAUGGCGAAGACGAGGAAGCACACAGUAUUGUGGAUCACAUGGUUUCUUUUGCUCUCUUUCUCAGCUGAUCCAAAGUAGAUGCAAAGUGUUGUGCGAUGUGCCUCAGUUGUUCGCUCCAUCACGUGUCACCCACAGAGAGAUGGCAAAAAGAAUCAGGAUAGACAGUCAAGGCUAGAGAAUAUCUUUCACUGCACGUGGGAGUUGCAGUCGUAUUUCUGCAUAUUUUAGGAGUGAUAACAAAACAAUCACAGACGCUAGAUAACGUUUCCUCACAGCUGUGUUGGAUUUAAAUGAAUUAGAGACCACACGGAAGCCAGUAGUAGAUAGUAGACAGUAACCAUCAUGGGCAGGUGUAAAGGCAAGGCUUCCUGGAUUUUCUUCUUAGCUGGAUUGGUUCUAUCAGGAAUAGCUUUGGAAUAUGAGGGCGUUCCUGGCCAGUGGACACGUUACGGCCAGUGGGACGCCAAGACAACAGGUGAGCUCAGCUUUAUUCUGAAAACCAACGUCAGCAAAGCCCUGGUGCUCUAUCUUGAUGAUGGGGGCAACUGCGACUUCCUGGAGCUUCUGAUUGUGGACGGGAGGCUCCAGAUGCGUUUCACCAUUCAUUGUGCCGAACCAGCCUCCCUGCACACGGAGACUCACAUAAAUGACCGGCGCUGGCACAGAAUCCUUCUCACUCGUAAUUACAGAGAGACCAGACUGAUGGUGGACAAUGAGGAGAAAGUGGCUGAGGUGAAGUCGAAGAGAAAAGAAAUGGUCGUGGCCAGUGACCUCUACGUAGGAGGGAUCUCUCCUGAUGUGCGUCUGUCUGCCCUGACCUCCAGCACUGUCAAAUACGAGCCGCCAUUCCAGGGCCUUAUAACCAAUCUGAAACUGGGGGAGGCACUACCAAUCCUGCUGGACGGUCAAGCUGUUCAUAACGAUUUGGAGUACAUAUGUGACACACACUCCCCCUGCAGCAACAAAGGCCUGUGCUCCGUCAGUGAUGGAGAAGUCCUUUGUGACUGCAUCAAUACCAGCUACAAGGGAAGGUACUGCCAGGAAGCAGCUGUCCAGAAAGAAGUAGAAGGUCUGGCGCACCUGAUGUUAAACCGCCAAGUUUUUCGCCAAGGGCAGGCGGAGUCAGUGGCCACCUUUAAAGGCAAUGAGUUCUUCAGCUACAACCUGUCCCAGACUCCCAUUCAGAGUAGUUUGGAUGAGAUCACGCUGUCCUUCCGCACCCUGCAGAGGAAUGGCCUGCUGCUUCACACAGGGCGGUCAGCUGACUAUGUCAACCUGUCCCUGAGGAACGGAGCUCUGUGGCUGGUCAUCAACCUGGGCUCUGGUGCUUUUGAAGCCCUGGUGGAGCCUGCCAGUGGGAAGUUUAAUGACAAUGUCUGGCAUGAUGUGCGAGUGACACGCAACCUCCGUCAGGUGACGAUCUUGGUGGACGGGAUUCUCACCACCACCGGCUACACUCAGGAGGACUACACCAUGCUGGGCUCUGAUGAUCUCUUCUACAUAGGGGGCAGCCUCAACACAGCUGACCUGCCAGGCUCCCCGGUCAGCAACAACUUCAUGGGCUGUCUGAAAGAUGUGGUCUACAAGAAUAAUGAGUUUAGACUGGAACUGUCACGGCUGGCUGAACAGCGAGACCCUAAGAUCAGUAUCCAUGGUGACCUGAUAUUCAGCUGCGAGAAUGUGGAAGCCCUAGAGCCGGUCACCUUCGACACGCCGUCUGCUUACGUGACAUUGCCCAGGUGGAACACAAAGAAGACGGGCGCCAUAUCGUUUGACUUCCGCACCACAGAGCCCAGCGGCCUGCUGCUGUUCAGCCAUGGCAGUCUGCAGGGUACGCAGCCUGAUAGGAAGCCUCGGGCUGAUUUCUUCGCCAUAGAGCUGCUGGACGGAUUCCUCUACCUGGUCAUGGAUAUGGGCUCUGGCAGCAUCAAGAUGAAAGCUAGCAACAAAAGGCUGGAUGACGGCGAGUGGUGCCAUGUGGACUUCCAGAGGAAAGGCCGCAAUGGCUUUAUCUCCGUGAACAGCCAGAGCGUCCCCUUUUCUGCUAAUGAAGGCAGCGAGAUCCUCGACCUAGAUGGGGACAUGUAUCUGGGAGGUUUACCUGAGGAUCGCCAGUCCCUCAUGCUCCCCCCGGAGGUGUGGACGGCUUCCCUCGGCCUCGGCUACGUGGGCUGCGUCAGGGACCUCUUCAUUGACGGACAGAGCCGGAACCUGUGGAGGCUGGCGGAGGUCCAGAGCGCCACAGGUGUCAGCAGCCUCUGCACCAGAGAGACUCAUGUCAGGUGUGCCAGGGACACUUGUGCCAACGGUGGACACUGCAGAGAAGGCUGGAACCGCCACAUUUGUGACUGCAACAGCACCGGAUACCUCGGUCCCAGCUGUGAGAAGGAGGCCACCAUGGUGAGCUACGACGGCAGCAUGUAUCUGAAGGUGCUGCUGCCGAGGACGCUGCACACCGAGGCCGAGGAUGUGUCCCUGCGCUUUAUGUCCCAGAGGGCCUUUGGGCUGCUGAUGGCCACUACCUCUCAGCAGUCAGCAGACACCCUGCGCUUGGAGCUGGACGGAGGCAGAGUCAAGCUCACUGUGAAUCUGGAUUGUAUCAGGAUAGACUGUAAUCUCAGCAAGGGACCAGAGAUACUCCUAGUAGGCGAGAAGCUGAAUGACAAUGAGUGGCACGCAGUGAAGGUGGUGCGGCGUGGGAAGAACUUGCAGCUCUCUGUAGACAACGUGACUGUGGAAGGGCUCAUGACCGGCGCCCACACCCGCCUGGAGUUCAACAACAUUGAGACGGGGAUCAUGACAGAGCGCCGUUUCAUCUCUGUGAUGCCUUCCAAUUUCAUCGGCCAUCUGCAGGCUCUCUCCUUCAACGGGAUGCUCUAUCUGGACCAGUGCAAGAACGGAGACAUCUCCUACUGCGAGCUGAAUGCUCGAUUCGGCAUGAGGCACAUUGUUGCCAAUCCUGUAACUUUUCUAACACAAGCCAGCUACCUGGCCUUUUCCACUUUGCAGGCCUACGCAUCCAUGCACCUGUUUUUCCAGUUCAAGACCACCAGUCCCGACGGCCUGAUACUAUACAACUCUGGAGACGGCAGCGACUUCAUUGUGGUGGAGCUCGUCAAAGGGUACAUUCAUUAUGUUUUCGACUUGGGAAAUGGGCCGUCACUAAUGAAGGGAAACUCUGACAAGCCACUCAAUGACAACCAGUGGCACAAUGUGGUGAUCUCCCGGGACAACAACAACGUGCACAUCCUAAAGAUUGACUCCCGCACCGUCACGCAACACGCAAACGGAGCGCGCAACCUGGACUUAAAAGGGGAGCUGUACAUCGGAGGUGUUGGUAAGAGCAUGUACAGCAGCCUGCCCCGGUUAAUCGCCUCCCGAGAAGGAUACAAGGGCUGCCUGGCAUCUGUGGACCUGAACGGACGGCUCCCUGACCUGCUGGCAGAUGCCCUCCACAAGGUGGGAGAGGUGGAGCGCGGCUGUGGAGGUCCCAGCACCACCUGCACAGAGGACUCCUGCCACCACCAGGGAGUGUGUCUGCAGCUGUGGGAGGGCUUCUCCUGUGACUGCACCAUGACCACCUAUGGAGGCCCUUUCUGCAAUGACCCUGGGACCACAUAUAUCUUUGGGAAAGGAGGGGCUCUUAUCACCUUCACCUGGGCCCCCAACGAGCGGCCGAGCACCCGAGCCGACCGGUUAGCCGUGGGCUUCAGCAGUCAGCAGAAAGACGCCAUCUUGGUGCGAGUGGAGAGCACCCAUGGGCUCGGAGACUAUCUUCAGCUGCACAUAGAUCAAGGAAAGAUCGGUGUCAUCUUCAACGUGGGGACAGAUGACAUCACCAUCGAUGAGCCCGCUGUCAUAGUAAAUGAUGGCAAGUACCAUGUUGUACGCUUCACACGCAGUGGUGGCAAUGCCACUCUCCAGGUGGACAACCAUCCAGUCAUUGAGCGUUAUCCACCAGGACACUAUGAUAAUGAACGACUGGCUAUUGCUAGACAAAGAAUGCCAUACAGACUUGGUCGGGUAGUUGACGAGUGGCUACUCGAUAAAGGGAGACAGUUGACCAUCUUUAACAGCCAGGCAGCCAUUAAAAUUGGCGGCCAUGACAAGGGUCGGCCCUUCCAGGGUCAGAUUUCUGGGCUCUACUACAACGGCCUGCAGGUGCUCAAACUGGCAGCAGAAAAUGAUCCCAGUGUGCAGGUGGAGGGGAACCUGCGCCUGGUCGGAGACUCGCUCUCCGUGCUGACCACCGACACCACCUCGGCCACUCCGCUGGCAGUGUCCGAUAUGUCCACCACGAUCAUGGAGACCACCACCACUAUGGCUACGACCACCACCCGGAGGCAGCGCUCACCCAGCCUCAGGGAAAGCAUCUCAAAGCCUCAGAACUCUGAUGAUAUUUUGGUGGCGUCAGCUGAGUGUCCAAGUGAUGACGAGGAUCUGGAAGAGUGUGAACCAGGAACAGGAGGUGAAUUAGUGUUGCCUAUAAUAACAGUGGAUUCCCUUGAGCCCCCAUCCAUCGCCACCCGUUACCCCGUCAUCCCUCCUCCUCCCACCCUCCUCUCCCCACUUGAAACCACCAAAGAGUCCCUGAUACUCCCUCCUCACCCUUCCUGCCCCCCGGACCAGGAGGACUGCGGUGACCCUGUGGAGGUUUCGGCCUUCGGCUCUGGGGAGAUGACGGAAUCCGAUGACGAGGACUUUUACAAUAAUAACUCCCCUUUGGUCACUGACAGGACAGUCCUUCCUCCACCUCCCGCCGCUGGUGAGGGUGGAGUCCAGAAACCCCGCCCCCUACCUCCUUUUGUUCCCACCACCAACCCCGACCAGCUCCACAUUCCCGCAGGCAAAAUGAACACCCGUGACCAGGUGCUUCUGCCCCCUGCUCCUCCAUCAUCCCGAAACACACCAGGACUAACUUACCCACCCAAUUUUCCCCAUGUGCCCACAGCCAACCCCACAGCCUCUGAUGAAAAGAGCCAGCCUGGUGCCGUGGAGGUGAUCAGGGAGUCCAGUAGCACCACAGGGAUGGUGGUUGGUAUCGUGGCUGCUGCUGCUCUCUGCAUUCUUAUCCUCCUCUAUGCCAUGUACAAGUACCGGAACCGGGAUGAGGGCUCCUACCAGACAGACCAGAGCCACAAUUUUGCCAACAACUCCACUGUGGAGGGCAACGGAGCAGUGGUCAAGGACAAAAGCACAGCAACGGCCUCUGUGGCAAAGGCCAUCACAAAGGGCAAAAAGAACAAAGACAAAGAAUACUACGUCUGAGAACGGAGAAGGAGAGUUGGCGAGUGUGGACUGAGACAAGAGGGCGAGAGAGAAUGCUUUCGUUGUGCUCCCCUAUUUUGUCAGGUUGACUAUCAGACAAAUUUCAGAGGCCACCAAAAGAAACAACUGCACAAAGUAACUGUAUCUUGCUUUUACAUUUUUUCUCAAAAAUCAAGGUUGCCCAGCUCCUAUUAGUGGUAAAUUCGUAUAUACGGCACAAGAUUUGACUCAUCCUCUGUGUCACGACGUGCACUCAGUCUGCAUCCACCGAUUCUUUAUUAGUGUGUCAUUUUUUUUUAUGUUUUUAAUGAGGUAGGAGGAGGCAUAUCCACUUUGGCUUUGUAUAUAGCAUGGAUAUGGCACAGUGAAGAGUGCUGAGAACAUCCGGUUUCUUUGUACUUGUUUGUAAUGCUCUAUCUCAAGUCUCAAUGUCAACAUGCUGAUAUAUGAGGCAGAGCAGGCCAGUUAUUGAAUUUUUAUGGCAGAUGAGCAGAGAGCGCCCCAGUCAUCCUGACUACACUCAAAGAGAGAGCCUUUAUUUGGAUAAGACGUCAUCUCUGCAGCCUCCAUGUCAUGUCAUGUGGUUUUAAAACUCCCCAAUCAUUCUGCCUCUGUCCACGGGAGAUGGUAUUAUUGUACGUUGCUGAUGGAGUACCAUAAAUGAAGCAAGAUAUUUAGGCGUCCUGGUGAAAAAUACUGCAUCUUAAUAGGAUUAUUUGAUCACGUAAUAUACUCCGGUCAGUGAACCUUAUCGUAUGAUGGAUCAGAAACACUAUCUAUGUGAGAUUUCACAGUCGAUGUGCCAUGCCAUUCCAAGUAGGGAUAAUUGUGAACAAGUGAGUCCACACCAGUGAAGGUAUUUCUCUGUAAACACUGCUUGUAUGUACAUAUAGAGAUUAGCAGAUUGGAUGAAGCAUUGUGUAUGCAGGGAAGGUAUGAAGAAGAAAAAAACACCCAAGAUGCUCGGCCCCCUUCACAGCUUUCACGACGUCUAAACUGUCGCAGUCCGAACUUCACAGGAAUUUUCAGGAACACAGAAUCACACGAGAGGAAGUGUUUCUGACCGCUUCUUGGAAAGAGAGAAUCGACGCACCUCACCACCAGAGGCUGGCUCACUCAUGAUCUUUUCUUUCCUCUAAACUGUCAUGGGAUAAUUCAGAAGCACACAGAAAAUGUAAACAUAUCUUUCAGACAUAGGUAUUCCUUGUAAAGCAGCCAAACAUGUAUUGUUUUUUCUAUCAGUUAUUAAAAGACUAUUCUAUGAGAUGAAUAAUUGAAGAUUUGUGAACUGUAUUGAUAUUUCUCUGAUAUUUCGAUGUAUCUUGUUACCACUCCUCUUAACACAUUACAUUUUAGAUUGCCUUUACUUAAAAUCCGGACAAAAAGCACACUUUCCUCUGAUAGCUGCAAAUCUCGUUUUUAUUUCAUUUUAUUUUUUAUUUACAGACCAGAUUAUGCAGAGAAAAACACAAGGUUGGAAAAAACAAAUGUUUGGUUUUGUUGCAUUGUGCAUUUUAUAUGUGCUGAAUCUGUUACUCAAUGGAUCUGAUAAUAUAAAGCCAUUUUCUCUGUUGAGUUAUUUAUUCAUGCUCUGUGAUUUCCUGUUAUUUUUUAUGGAAGUGCCAUUCAACAUGAGCUGCUCAGCGCUCAGAAAAUAUACCAUUCCUCACUCAUUGCUAUUGUAUAGUGUUCAUGUGAAAUGGAUCUUAAUAUGUGUACAGAACGUGGAUAAAGAUGAAAUACACUUGAUUAUAUACUUUGUA